AUGGCAACUGCUGCAACAAUUGAUAUGGCCGAUGAGGUUAAUCCUCCAUUGACUUACGAGCCCGUUGAUCUGGAUAUCCCGGCUUCCAAAAUUUAUGGCACUUUAAAACCGAAUCAUAAUGGGCUUGAAAAUAAAAAUUUGUAUGAGUUGGCCUCAAAAUGGAUUGAUGCAUUCAAUGCAAUUGUGAAAGAGAUCCAGAAUGACCCUUCUGAAAAAAACCUAGAUAAAUUGAACUCUGUUAUUGCUUCGCAUGCCUCGUGGAAGGAUCAUCUAGCUUUAUCAUGGGACUAUCGUCAGUUCCAUGAUCUAGAUAAUAUCAAAGAUGUGGCCAAGAAUUCUUUUCCUUCUUUUAAAUUAAAGAAUUUUGAAAUUGAUACUACUGCUGAUCAUAGGUUCGACAAGGCAGUUGGGCUUCAGACCAUAGAUAAAGCCGACGAGACCAAUUCUAUUCCCAUUCAGUGGGUCCAGAUUAUUGUGAAGUUUGAGAACGAAUUUGGUUACGGAAACGGACUUAUUAGGUUGAUCUCAGUUGAUGAGAAGGAUGCACCCGGUGGUUUAAAGGCAUUUACUAUAUACACUGCUUUGGAAAAUAUCAAAGGUAAUGAAGAAACCUUGGGAAGAAGUAGACCUCAGGGUGUAAACCAUGGUCAAAACCAAGGAAGAAUUUCAUGGUUAGAAAAACGUGAGAAGGAUUUUGAAUGGGGUAGUGAAAAGACCCCUACAGUUUUGAUUGUAGGAGGGGGUCAAGGUGGUUUGAAUGUAGCUGCUAGGUUGAAAACAAUGGGUAUAGAUUGCUUAAUUAUUGAGAAAAAUAGUAAAAUUGGAGAUAAUUGGAGAAAUCGUUACAAGUUUUUAGUAUUACACGAUCCUGUUUGGUAUGAUCAUUUAGCCUAUAUCAAAUUUCCUGAUGUUUGGCCAGUAUUCACGCCUAAAGAUAAAUUGGGUGAUUGGUUUGAAGCUUAUUCAAAAUCUAUGGAAUUAAGUUAUUGGGUUAAUAAAACAGUAUCUGGAGCUGAUUUUGACCCAGUUACUGGUGUCUGGUCUGUCAAUAUCAUAGACAAUGAUACAGGCAAAUUGACGAAUAUUAAAACCAAGCACAUAGUAAUGGCAACAGGUCAUUCGGGAGAGCCUAAUAUUCCCACAUUUAAAGAUCAGGACAAAUUCAAAGGAACAAUUGUUCAUUCAUCGCAACAUUCUACUGGUAAAUCCUUUCAAGGUGAAAACGCUGUAGUAGUGGGCUGCUGUAAUUCUGGCCAUGACAUUGCUCAAGAUUUCUACGAACAAGGGGCAAAGCCUAUCUUAGUCCAAAGAUCAACAACGUGUGUUAUCAAUUCAGAAAUUGGCUUGAAAGUGACUACUAAAGGCUUGUACGAGGAAGGUGGACCAAAAACUGAAACGGCCGAUUUAAUCUUGCAGUCCAUGCCCGUGAAAUUAUUAAACUUAGUUAUGCAGCAACAGUAUAGGCAAACUAUGAUUCUUGAAAAGGACUUACAUGAGUCACUUAAAAAAUCUGGUUUCAAAACUGAUAGUGGGUAUGGAGGAACUGGUUUAUUUGGAAAAUACUACAGAAGGGGUGGAGGUUACUACAUUGAUGUGGGAUGUUCUAAAUUAAUUGCCGAUGACAAAAUUAAAGUACAACAAGGUAAAAAUAUCGAACGUUUCACUGAAAAUGGUCUUGUUUUUUCUGACGGCACGAAGAUUGAUAACUUGGCUAUUGUUGUAUUAGCAACCGGAUACUCUAAUAUGAGAGAUACUGCUAGACGGAUUUUUGGUGAUAAGGUGGCUGAUAAGCUUAACCCUGUUUGGGGUCUCGAUGAUGAAGGUGAAAUAAAUACAAUGUGGAGAGACUCGGGCCAUCCAAAGUUUUGGUAUAUGGGUGGUAAUCUAGCUGUGUCUAGAUAUUUUUCAAAGAGACUAGCAUUGAAAAUUAUUGCACAAGAAAGAGGAUUUGACAAAUCUAAUUCUUGA